AGCAUUGCGUGCUUAAUCCUUAAAUUGGAGUGUCUGCUUUGACGGCUGCCUGUUAAACAAUGGGUGAUUUUGGUGAAGAUAGCGACGACAGUGACGGAGAGGGCGGUUUAGGUAAUGUAAAUCGAAUUAUAAUGAGACCACCGGGGCAUAGUGGAAAAGCGAAACGGGGUCAUUUGUGUUUUGAUGCUUCUUUUGAAUCUGGCAAUUUAGGUAGAGUCGAUUUAGUCAACGAGUACGAAUAUGAUUUAUUCAUCCGUCCGGAUACCUGCAGCCCUAGAAUCAGAUUUUGGUUUAAUUUUACAGUGGAUAACGUGAAGCAGGACCAGAGGGUCAUUUUCAAUAUUGUGAACAUCAGCAAAAGCAGAAAUCUAUUUAACGAUAAUUUAACCCCCUUGGUGAAAUCCACGAGUCGCCAAAAAUGGCAGCGAAUCCCAAAACAACACGUCUAUUAUCAUAAGUCUUCGGCUCACCAGGGACAUUACGUCUUGAGUUUCUCGUUUGGCUUCGAUCGAGAAGACGAAGUUUUUCAAUUUGCUUUAGCACCACCGUUCACCUAUUCUAAGCUUCAGAUGUUCCUAUCAAUCCUAGAGUCAAAAGGAUCGUAUCUGAAUGAGUCAUUCCAAAGAGAACUUUUAGGGAACAGUGUGCAAAAGCGUCGACUAGACUUAAUAACUAUAGGAUCUCUUGAUCGCUCGAAACCCACGUCGAAACGACGUGUGAUUGCUAUAAUGGCGCGCGUACACCCCGGUGAAUCCCCCGCAAGUUUUGUGUGUCAAGGUCUUUUAGAAUUGCUGAUAAGCUCGAACGCUAUAGCUGACACUUUGCGCAACCAUGUUAUUUUUAAAAUAAUUCCGAUGCUGAACCCCGAUGGCGUUUUUUUGGGCAACUACCGUAGCACCGUAAUGGGGUUGGAUUUGAAUCGAUCGUGGCACUUACAGACGCCGUGGUGUCACCCUACGUUAAAAGCAGCAACUGAUAUGCUUGUAACUUUAGACAAAAAUAAAGAGUUUCAAUUAGAUUUUGUGAUAGACAUUCAUGCUCAUUCGAGUCUUAAAGGGUGUUUUAUUUAUGGGAACACGUACGAGGAUGUGUACAGGUACGAGAGGCAUAUUUUAUUUCCUAAACUACUAGCGACAACUGCCGACGAUUAUCUAAGCGAAAACGCCAUGUUCAAUGCGGAUCCGAAGAAAGUUGGCACUGCUAGAAGAUAUCUGUGCCAACUUUUAAGCGAUCGGGUUAAUUGCUACACGUAUGAAGUUUCGUUUUUUGGGUAUAAAUUGAAGGGGUCUGACGUCACGAUUCCAUACACGGAAGAUAGCUAUAUGAGGUGUGGUCGCAAUUUGGUAAAGACGUUUUUAGAAUACUACCACAGCACAGGGGCCAUUCCAAUUGAAAUAGCGACAGAAGUUCAACACAAAAGGCGUCGACCUAGAACCCAUCAUUCUCGAUCAACGACUAGAAACUCGAAUAGGCAAAGACCACACACGACGAAAACGCAAGCCCUUUUACAUUUCAAAGAUUUGAAUAUUAAUUAUGAAAGUGAUACGUCUAUAGAAGAUUAUACUUAUAGGAAGCCGGAAACUAGUCGAUUUUUUGAGAAGUUUGCAGAUUAUGUAAAAAAGGCGAACACCCCCUACUCUAAAUCAGAAAAGAUGAGUUCGCCGCCACCGACCACCAUCGUAGUGAUUCCGGAACCAAGUUUGUCAAUUAUUGACUUCAACGUAAUCACCCGUAACGACAUUGAAAAGGCUUCUAAAUUAAGAAACAGACGAACUAAAUAA